CAACUGAAUCACCAAGGCCAGUCUUUACAGGGCCUAUGUGUCGAAUGGUAUCGGACUCAAAAAUAUGUGUAGGUUUAAGAAAUGGUGCUGGUGGAGGAAGUGGAUGAAAUAUCCGCAUGAAGUGUCAUGUCAACGCGAGGAAAGAUGCAAAAAUAAUGACCGAACCUCGAAAACAAAAACCCGACCAAUCAUAGUUGACAACGGGAUCAGACCCCUGUCUCCGUAGCGCUAACCUACCAGCAUGUUUCAGGUUGUUUUUUUUUUGUGCAAAGCUUACUACAUGUAGUGGUAUAUAUUGCACGGAACCACUGCGCGCAUAAUGUACACCGACACACGGCGCGUCGUGGUGCACGAUGGAAGUUACACCGACAAUGGGCCGACAUCGAAACGGACUGUCGCUGUGUUGGAAUCAAGAGUUCUUCUUUUCGAUGACAGAGGUUUUCCUGUGGUGUAUAUAGCUCUGACCAAGUGACUGGCAGCGACGAAUGAAAUGGUCUCUCGAAAACGGUUGAAUCUGGUGAGCGUCCAGUAAGUAUGAUCAACGCCACUGAUACGGUAAAGCUACUGCUGAGCAACGCAGGUCCGUAUGUCGCCAUUGAAGCCUGACAACACGACCAGUUACAAAACAACGGCGAUCGUUGGCCUAGAUUAUUUCUAGUUUCUGCGGAAUGACUUCAAGUUACCAAUCUGAAUACGUCUUCAAGCUAAGAAAUUAUGUCAUGUUUUUCAGUCGAGACUAUGAAUUCAGCAUUCUAUAACCGUUCCGUCUCGUUUAAUACAGCAUUCUGAACAUCGUUGUGCAUGACCUGGAUGUAGGAUCGGGCCCCACCGACCCAUAUUGUGACUGUGAGAGAACUUGUGGACCUCUGCUCUCUCCUCUGUCUCGCCGAUGGGUGACGACAACAAUCUCUCACAGGGGAAAGUAGAAUGAUUGCCCCUGGGUGGACAAACAAACAUUUCUGGACUGUCUUAUCGAUACGCGGACGCCGCAACGUCAUCGCGACACGCGCUGUCGUCACAUCGCCAGGGUGAUUAUUGCGAAGUGAUAGGAGGGACAUUUUCUCACGAAACUCUUGCAAGCAAUAACCUGCCAGAAACUAAGAGUAAGCCCAGUAUGCGUUUUGGCAUGAAGCGAACACCGGAGUCUCCGGAGAUAAGUUUGUACGUGGGCUAGUUCUCAAGCAGUCUCUCUCUUCAUAUAACUUCACAGAAGACCAAACCGAAUGGAACGAAUGGACUUUCUUUGGAGUUCUGUGUGUUCAAUGUAGAUGGCUCAAUGCUCCUUGAAGUCGGCCGCAAAAUGUAGGUCACAACUCAGAGUAUUUGGAUGCAUGUGAAUCUGGAAUAACUUCACUAAGAAGUCAGUUGGUUGUCCCGUGUGGAUUUACGAUUGUGAAAAUUAGAGACAGGUCGGACGGGAAAAAAAUAUGGAAGACCAGUGCGCCACAGGUUAGAGUGACAAUGGCAGGGUUUGUAAUUGAAAACAAUUGAACAGCGUGUUGAGCUGGUUUUUUUUUUCAAGAAACUAGCCAUGUUUUUCCAGCAAACCCACAAUGCAAGGAGUGCAGCUGAGGAAGCAGACGAAGGCAACAUGGGCGGAUAUUAUCUGGACCCGCCCCCGUGGUUCAUAUCGGGUACGAAGCGGUUGUCCACGGCAAGCGCGUUGAGCGCCCGGUCCCGCCGCAGCGGGGACCAUAUCAGCGUCCCCUCCCCGACGGCCAGUCUAGAGUGCCCGCCGCCCAGCCGGCAGGCCAGCGUGGCAUCCCAGGGAGCGGUGCCGAGGCUGUACAGCCGGCAGUCUUCGGCCGUGCGAAGUAGCGGCAGCCUAGCCGCACCGCGCAAGGGUUUCGCCGCCAGGAGGCCCACGGGCCACCCGCUCUGGAGGCGCGUCAAGAGCAUCCUCUCCUCGUCUUUCGGUCUGUUCCUUCUGAUCCAGUCUUACCUGUGCUUCGGCGCCUUUUGUUUCAUGUGGUUGGAAGCAGAGAAGGAAAGCGAGCAAAGGACUGAUAUGAACACUGAACGGCUCAACAUAGCCAAGAAACUUGUCAAUUGCUCCAGUAACGUAAGCUGUCACUAUGACGCUUUGCUCUACUGGGAAAGUAAACUGUUCAAAAUUCCUCAGAUCUACUUGGAAAUUUCAGAAGGCCAAAUUUGGUCGUGGAUCUACUCCUAUUAUUGCAGCUUUACCAUCAUAUCAACAAUAGGAUAUGGCAACGUCACACCUCUUUCCGUGUUCGGUCGACUCUACGCUGUCGCUUAUGCCGUAGUGGGAAUCCCUCUUAUGCUGCUCUUUAUAACAGACAUAGGAAAUAAAUUCGCUCGUUGGACCAAGGUCGCGAUCAUCAAAUUCAGGAAGUUUAGAUACAAGCUGUGCGGUCGCUACCACGAGAGUAGACAGAAGGGCGAAGCAACGUCAAAGAAAAGUUUAGAGGGAGGGACAGACAGAAAAACAGAUGAUCAGGCUGAAGGGGGAGGGAAUGGCGCCCGUGAGGAUGAGGAAGAUGCUCCUCGGAAGGAGGAUACCUUUGGUGGUUGGAACAUCCCCGAGGUGCACAUCAACAUUGCCAUGUCAGCACUGGACGAGGAGGGUUGUCUUGUGGAAACCAAGGACAUAGGCGGCGCCGUUGCUGCGGAGGCGCGCUGGCAAGGUCACAGCCAGGACCACUUAGAUUACAAGGACGCAGGGCUGCAUGCUCCCCGAGACAACAGCGACUACGGCGGGUCCAGCACGGGAGAGGAGGCCUGCAUCACGGACACCGGUGAGACGGACACUGGCCGCGGGCCAGUGUCCAGCGUUACGGUAGAGGUGGAAACUCCAGGAGAAUCGGCCACGGAAAGUACGUUCAACCAAAACACGGCGGCGUUUGUUCGGCCCAUCGGUGCUGAUGAGAGGGUGGAACUGUCGCCUCGCUGGAGGCUGGAUGAAAUUACAGAGGAUGGUGACAUCGCAGAGGACGGUUAUCCAUCGGAUAAAGAGAUCGUGUGUCCUCAGGAGCAAGAAGACGGAACGAUCAAGCACGAUCUUACAGAGCAGACGGCUCAGAUGGCUAAAAAACCCGAUUCUGUGGAGGUUAGUGAUGAAAUCUGCAAAAAUGAACCAGGUGACGUCUUACAUACGUCACUGCUUCGGCGGGCGACAGACUUUGGUUUAAGGACGUGUAGUAAAUGCGGACAAUCUAUGCAAAAUGUCCCAAAUGUCAGAUUUACAGACAACAGUGAUGAGUGGUCUGAACAUGCAAACUCUGACGUGGAUAAACGACGGAAUUCUGAGCUUUCCAUUGCCAGUAAAGCAGAAUACCUCCGAGUGAAAGAAACGUUAGUGAACGAUUCAUUAUCUAUGGAUAUAAAGACAACGUCGCCACUUUACGAAUCUUUGUUGAGAACUGAGCACGAAACUCCACAGUUCUUGUCUACGUACUUUCGCCACGAUUCAAUCGUCGACGAACAGUGUGCCAGGGAACUCCAGAAAGGGCCCACAAAGAAAUACUCAUCUUUGAAGGGCAUCAAAGAAUUGCAAAGUUACCAAAGAGACCCCGAGUCGUCAGGUUACCAACCGGCUGUCAAGGGGACUCGUAACCGACGGACUUCACUUCCUAUCGUCAGUUUUCAGACGAAACCUAAACCGAACGGACGCUUGCCAAAUCGACACUCGGUACGCUCUCACGAAGGUGACGACGACGACGACGCCAUUCACCCUGCACCCACAGACGAGGAGACAGACACUGACAGGGACAAGGCCGCGACCGACUCUGGAGUCGCCUCGUCGACCUCCAACUCCACUGAGUGUUCCCCAAAGCGACGCCUGGACUUCGUCCGACACGAAUUCCCCGACAGCUCGGACGAGAACGAGAACCCAAGCGGAAACGACGCCGUCAGUGAAGAUGACGUCAUGGACUCUGAAGAGGAAAAGAACUUGGAGAAGCUGCGGAAGCUGCGGCUCGGGGCCGGGCGUCCCUCGACGGCCGGUCGCGAGUUCAUGCGAGUGUCGGAGGCGGACAUCGCCAUGCUGAGCAUCCCGGUCUGGCUAGCGCUGCUCCUGCUCCUCAUUUAUCUCUUCAUCGGUGCUGGUUGCUUCUCCGCCAUGCAGGGUUGGAGCUUCAUCGACGGUUUCUAUUACUGCUUCAUCUCUCUCAGCACCAUAGGCUUCGGCGACCUAGUCUUCCUCCCUCAGAACAUCCAUGUGGGACUGCUAUUCUCUUUCCUUUACUCCUUCUUCGGGCUGUGCUUCACCUCGAUGUGCAUGAGUCUCAGCUCCAUGGAGCUCACGCUUCUGUCUCGGAAAAUCGCUUCCAAAUUCGGCGUCUACCGGGGUAGAAUCCGGAGCCUGCGAACGAAACGAUGGGCCAGCCGCCGACGACGGACCAUCCGUGAACCAUCUCCCGACAAGCCUAGAUGACAGUGCCGCCGAAAAGCGUUGACUCGGACGUGCAAAAGAAGCAAUCUAUUUAUUUUCAGCUAUUUUAACAUAUCUGGAAAGUACGUCACAAAGAAAGGUUCAUUUAAGUGUGAAUAAAGAAGACUGAAUAGGGCCGGAACUGAACCUAGCCGUAACCAUCGAAUUUGGAACUUAAAUAACCUUCGCGAGCGGGUUACCUUAGCUUAAUACAAGCGGAAUGAAAAGCUGAGUUGUUCGAGCACCAAAUCUAACUCACAUGUUCAAAUUUCAUCUCUUUGCAUAUUCGUUGUUCGCCCUGAAUCGUAAAAACAUAAAAAAACUGCCGGUGUGUAAUCUCAUAAAGAAAAACCAGAUAUGAGGUUAAAGAGCCACACCGAGGCACCGACACAUCUUUGCAGCGAUCUUUGGCAGAUCCGAACAAUACGGGCGAUUCACAAUAGUGCACCCCCAAGAGUCUGCCACGCGUUGGCCAACCAACCCUUUCCGAACGCGAAUUGGGUCGACCGAGUUCGCGCAUUGUGAUUGGCCAACGCGUUGAACACUCUUGGAGGCGCACUAUUUUAAAUCGCCCGUAUUAACCGAAGGUAGCCCCACUGGAUAGUCUGAACUGUGCAGUUUUGUACCACCAAAAAUGCUGAUUUAUAAAAAUCUGGAGAGCUGAUAUCGAUAGGGAAUGAGAACUAAACCGUACGUGUUGUUUUACUUGGUCGUUGGGCGAGACAUUCCAAGGCUUGCAGUCUGAAUCCUUGGAUUGAAGUCGGUAAAAUUAUUGAUUUUCCAUUGGAAAAUCUGCUGUGCCAUUUUAAAUACUUAUACGUGUAAAUGGCUUACCAUGUAUACUUGGUUGAAAGUUUGGCACCGGUCUAAUAGACUAAAUGUAACAGCGGGCAUGCCCUUGAUAAAAGCCCCAAACCCUACCGUUCAUUUUCAGUUUGUUUUUCUGCCGUGAACUCGAGAAUAUUGCUUUAAUUCGACUUGAAAAUUAAUGAAUAUCGAAUGCAGACACUGUUUAAUGACACAUUUUCGCGACUGUGCAAUGGACCGUUGACUUCUUGAUACCGAGCGUGCUUUUUUUUGUUUGGUUUUGGUUUUUUUUUUUUUUUUAAUUCCAACCAAACAUGUGCUGGUACCGGUGCUGGGCUUGCUAUCACGCAGCCGUGUUUUCGGUUUUAUGCUUUCUGAUAUUAAUAUGCAAUUUGUAGAUAAUUAAUCACAGCAGCUGCGUUUGGCAGAGUCUGCAGUUUUUAAAGCGUGUUUUACCUCUGUCUAGUCGGUGAGAUUAGCACUGUACCGUUUAUGCCUCCAAAUUUCCCAUUUAUUGUUUGAAAGAUACCAAAAAAACUCUUCUUUUCGUUCUAGAAAAUAUUUUUGUUUAAAUAGUUAUUUCUUUAGAAUGAUUUUGCAAAGUUCCUUUACUCGUUUCUUUAUUCAAUAGGGCAUUGUGCUUUUUCCUAUCGGCACUGAUAUGGCUCUUUUUUUCAUAUUUCUAUAAUUAUCAGUGUUGUAGUUGAGACCAUCACAAGACCAUGCACAAGACCAGACA